GGCUUGAACGGGCCUGACGCCGGUGGUGGAAAGUGUCCUGCGGGCGGGUUAUGUGAGCGCGGAGCCCCUAGCAGACGUCAGUGCAAUUUUAAUUUGAAACAAAACUGAGAAUGGGUUCCCCUUCCUCAUUCAUCCAUACUGCUUUGUGAUGGCCAUGGCAUAACGGGCUUUUUCCCAGGAAUACAGCUUUGCAUUAGCACUGAACAAGAUUUGUGAUGAAAUGGAGCCUGGAACAAACUCUUUUCGAGUAGAAUUUCCUGAUUUUUCCAGCACCAUUCUGCAGAAACUGAACCAGCAGCGCCAGCAAGGACAAUUAUGUGAUGUCUCCAUUGUUGUCCAAGGCCACAUUUUCCGGGCACACAAAGCUGUUCUUGCUGCCAGUUCACCCUACUUUUGUGACCAGGUACUCCUGAAAAACAGCAGGAGGAUUGUUUUACCUGAUGUGAUGAACCCAAGGGUAUUUGAGAACAUUCUCUUAUCUAGUUAUACAGGACGUCUAGUCAUGCCUGCUCCAGAAAUUGUUAGUUACUUAACAGCAGCAAGCUUCCUCCAGAUGUGGCAUGUGGUAGACAAAUGCACUGAAGUUUUAGAGGGAAACCCUACAGUCCUUUGUCAGAAGCUAAAUCAUGGCAGUGACCACCAGUCUCCAAGCAGCAGUAGUUACAAUGGCCUGGUAGAGAGCUUUGAGCUGGGCUCUGGGGGCCAUGCUGAUUUCCCUAAAGCCCAAGAACUGAGGGAUGGAGAGAAUGAAGAGGAGAGCACCAAAGACGAGCUGUCAUCUCAGCUCACUGAGCACGAAUACCUUCCCAGCAACUCAUCCACAGAGCAUGACCGGCUGAGCACGGAAAUGGCAAGCCAGGAUGGGGAGGAGGGGGCCAGCGACAGUGCCGAGUUCCACUACACCCGGCCCAUGUAUAGCAAGCCCAGCAUAAUGGCUCACAAACGCUGGAUCCACGUGAAGCCUGAGCGCUUUGAACAAGCAUGUGAGGGCAUGGAUGUGCACGCACCCUAUGAUGAGCACCAGGUCACUGAAUCCAUCAAUACCAUGCAGACAGAGCACUCGGUCCAGCCUUCGGGAGUAGAGGAAGACUUUCAUGUCGGGGAAAAAAAAGUGGAAGCAGAGUUUGAUGAACAGGCUGAUGAAAGCAAUUAUGAUGAGCAGGUGGAUUUCUAUGGCUCUUCCAUGGAAGAGUUUUCUGGAGAGAGGUCAGAUGGGAAUCUAGUUGGGCACAGACAGGAGGCUGCCCUAGCAUCAGGCUACAGUGAGAAUAUUGAAAUGGUAACAGGGAUUAAAGAAGAAGCUUCCCAUUUAGGAUUCUCAGCCACUGACAAGCUGUAUCCUUGUCAGUGUGGGAAAAGUUUCACUCACAAGAGUCAGAGAGAUCGACACAUGAGCAUGCACCUCGGUCUUCGGCCUUAUGGCUGUGGUGUCUGUGGUAAAAAAUUCAAAAUGAAGCAUCAUCUCGUGGGCCACAUGAAAAUUCAUACAGGCAUAAAGCCGUAUGAGUGUAAUAUCUGUGCAAAGAGAUUUAUGUGGAGGGACAGUUUCCACAGGCAUGUGACUUCUUGUACCAAGUCCUACGAAGCUGCAAAGGCUGAGCAGAAUACGACUGAGGCUAACUAAAAAUAGGAUCUGGCCCUUGAGUGGCAGGCACAAAAAUAAACUAUGGUAAUUAUGCAAAUCUGGGCACAGAUGAUGCGUGCUACUUGCUAUUAUGAGAGAAGCUUAAAAAAAAAUGGAAGAUAUUUCUGAAAGACCAGCUCUAAGUAGGCCAAUUUAAAAAUCUAAUUCCUCAAAUUUGUAUGUUCCUGUCCAGGCCUGGAGUGGGUAAUGGGGAGAAGUUAACCCACCUCCCAGCUGGUGAGGUAAAACUUCAGGCCCGUUGUUGUGAUGGAGGCAGGUGGACUUGGUGAUAGAGACACCUGCACUUGGAACUGGACUCCAGCCUACCAGUUCUGUUUCAGGUGGCAGUAAAUUUUGAUCACUCGUUACAAGGUCAUGUUGGAAUUUUAUUUAGCUCUCACCAUAGAUAGGUAACGUGGAUUUGUUUUGGUAGCUGCCUCACUGAAUGAAAUGCUACUUAAUGUAAAAGCUACAAAUAAUGUGAUUCCUAGGAUGCGAAAGUGAUUAACAGAGCUCUCUUCUCUGGUUUUAUUUUCUCUAAAGGGUAUUUUAACUAAAAACUAUGGAGAUGCUAAGAGGGUGAUAUUCUAAGUAUAAAACAAAUAACUUACGGUACAAGCUUCAAUUUCUGUUAAGAUGCCACUGUCACGAUGUGUUUCAGACUCUUGAUAAGGCAAAGUUUUGUAUUUUAGUACUAACAUUUAGUUUGGACAAUUGUAUCUAAUUGUAAUUCUCUAGGGUGCCAGAGAUAGGUAUUUCUAAUUGGUUUGCUGUCCCAAAUCCUGUUUAAUUAUAGCAUCCACACAGUGGGAUCUGCUCUAUGGCUAGUAGGCGUCUAGCCUGCUUUGACUCUGACCAUGGUACCAUUGGCUGCAGCCGUUUCUCUCUCAGAUUAUGAUGCUUCCUGAGGAGGUCAGUCAGUGACCACAGUUAGUGGGAACGAGCCAGAAGUCAUGGCUGAGAGUUACCUGUGCGCGGAAGUUUAUGGAGGGCUACAGUGACACUCCCAACUGUCAGAGUUGCUGAGUAGCAGAAUUUUGAGCGGCAGAAGAAAACAACUGCCCAAGCAAGAAGAGUCUUGAAAAUACACUGGUGGGGGAGGUAGUCUUAGUGGGGCACGCUGAGCUAAUGCUGCCAGUUCUUAGGAGUGCUGGAAUGUGUUUUCAAAGGGGGAAAGAAGGGAUCCUAAUUUUAGAAAGUAGUCUACAGAUUUCAUGCUCCCAAAUUCUAGGUAAAGCUGCAUAAAUUUACAAGUCCACGUAGCUGUACGCACCAGAAA